AUGAUGGGAGAUAUCUUAUGGAAACUUUAUGCAAAGGAGUAGAGUGAUACAAUUGUAAAGAAAUACAUUUAUAAUGAAAGUGAUAAUAAUAAUUCUCCAAUAUCACUUUAUGCAGAUUUAGAUGAUCAAAUGAUAAACGAAGUUAAAAAGAAUAAAUCUAUCCAUUAUAAAUCUAAUUCUUUUGUUACAGGAAAGGAAGAUGUUGGGAACAAUAAUUUUAAGACUCAUUAAACUAUUGGAAAGGAAAUAUGUGACAUUGCAUUAAACUAAGUGAGAAAAUAAGUAGAAAGCAUGGACAGAUUAGAUUAAUUCAUUGUAACGUCUGCCUUAAGUGGUGGAACAGGAUCAGGAUUUACUUCUUUAUUGUUGGAAAGAUUAUCAUUGAAAUAUAAUCAAAAAAUUGAAAAAAAUGCAUUCUUGAUUUAUCCUUCAUAAAGAAUGUCUAAUAAUAUAGUAGAUGUCUAUAAUGCUGUUUUAGCUACAAAUAUGACAUUAGAGCAUUGUAAUUCUGUUGUUAUAUUUGAUAAUCAAUCAAUGUAUAAUGUUAUAGAUAUGCAGAUCGGCUUAGAUUUUGUUGAUUAUACUCACUUAAAUAAUCUAAAAUCAUAAAUUAUCAUCGCUUACACAGGUUUAAGAAGAUAUAGUAAAAUUAACAACAAUAAAUUAUUUUCUGGGCUUUGUCUCUAUCUAAGACUUCAUUAUAUAAUUCCAUAAUAUGGACCUUUGGCAUCUAUUAAUGAUUAUAUAAAUUAGGAAUUGA